AUGUCCGCCGCCCUGAAAACCCUGCUCGACACCAUGAACAUUGACGAAACGAACCUCGUGCAAUGGAUUCACAGUAUGCAGGCGAAGAAUGAGCACUUGAGGGACCAGGUUCGCUUCUUGGAGGAGGAGCGAAUGGAGAACCAUCAGGAGAUCGAGCAUCUCCGAGGAACCGUUGUGAACCUCAAAAGUUCGAACGAGAUGAAGGACCGGAUGAUGCAGGGAUGGAUGAAUUAUGUGGAGAAUGUGAAGGAGAAACAUCAGAAGAAAGUGACGAAAAUGGAAGAGGAGCUGUCCGGAUGCGAUGAAGAGAUUGCUCGAUUGGAAGCGGAAGUGGAGGCAAGCCAGCAGCCGACCACAACCAGCCACUGCGAGAUAUGCCUCGAGAAGUACAGUCCGCAUCCCGAUCACGUACCUAAAGUGCUGGAGUGCGGGCACACAAUGUGCCAUAGCUGUGCGGUUCGGAUCACUGGAGACCGGGAAUACAUCGCGUGUCCGUUUGAUCGCAUCGAAUUCGAGCUGCCAGAGGAGGGAGGAGUCGAGAUGUUGCCAAGGAAUUUCGCUAUUGUUAAAAUGUUCCCUUAAUGUCAUGGCUGUCUUGUAAUAAAUGUUGAUUGUCUCAAGAAUCUAACUUUUCAUUUGUUCUCGGCUAAAAACAAACCGUCAAGGCGGUGCGUGAGCGAGAGCUCAUAAACUUCCACCAGGAGCAAGUGAUUCAGAUGAUCAACCGAUUCAAUGCGAGCAGGGAUCUCUGGAGGACGGAGCAGCAGCAGCAGAAGAUCCAGGAAGCGGUGAAUCGGGAGAAGCAGAGACAAAAAGAUGAAUUUCUCAAGAGAAAUGUGCCAAUAGUAUCUAUACUUUUCGUUCUUUACCCAAUAAAAAUUGUUGCAAAAAACAUGUUUUCCCUUAAAAAUGAUGACGAAAGAUCGGAGAUGAGCAGGAUAUCCAUUUGUCCUCUUGACAGAUAGGUCACAAACCACACGGAGGACACACCGGGGACCGUAUAUAAAGGUGAAGAUAGAAGUGGAUCUCCCAGCCAGCAUGCCCGUCUACACACUCACUUACUUCGAUGCUCGUGGAUUCGCCGAAGCUGCUCGUCAACUAUUCCAUCUAUCCGGGACCGCUUUCGAAGACAUAAGGAUCCCGGUGGACAAUCUGUUUCCGGGAAAGGAGUCCGACGAGUGGUUGGAGAUUAAGAAAAGUGAGCUCAUUGAAAGUUACGUAUUUCAGCUGUAUGUAUAAAUAGCAAAACGUUGUCAACUAAUGAAAUGUAUAAAAUGUUUCAAAGAGCAAUUCGUCUGUUGUCAACUUUUUGUUAUCUCUACAUGCAACUGAGAUACACUCUCUGGAAUAAACUAUAUUGAUUUUUCCUUCUGGUCCUGGAAAAAAGUCGCAAAAACGCUCAUUUCUGCAGAUUCUCCGUUCGGAAAAGUCCCUGUGCUCUCCGUGGACGGCUUCCAAAUCCCCCAGUCCUCUGCCAUCUGUCGAUAUUUGGCCCAAAAGUUCGGAUACGCCGGAAAGACUCCGGAAGAAAAAGCGUGGGCGGACGCCGUCGUCGAUCAGUUCAAGGACUUUAUGGACGCAUUCCGCGCGGUUCUUGUAGCUCAAAGAGCCGGAAAAUCCGUCGAGGAGAUUCAGAAGAUCCGCGAGGACGUCUUCAAUCCGGCAAAAGACAACUACUUCAGAAUCCUCAACGGAAUUCUCGAGAAGAGGGAAUUCCUGGCGGGGGAGGGGCUCACUUGGGCCGAUUUGGUGGUCGCCGACAAUUUGUACACGAUGGAAAGGCUCAAGGAGCUCGAAUCGAGCAAUGAGGAGCAUCAGAAGCUGCGACGGUUCCAGCAGAAGAUCUACGAAUUGCCAGGGCUCAAGGAGCACAUCGCCACGAGGCCUGACACGGAACUUUGA